AGGGGGCAGGGAUUGGUUCCAAUUCCAGAGGCCGUCCGAAAGGGGCGGGGCUUACGGGUAGUUGCCACUCCGGUAAACCUCGGAAAUGCUUGGGGUUGUUGACGGAAGUGGGAAGAAGGAUCGUGAUGGCGGCUGAGACUCUGUCUGAGGAGGUGCGGCUGGACGCGGUGGAGGAGCAGCCGCCGCUCGCGACGGCCGAGGAACUGGCCGCCCAGAAGCGCGAGCAGAGGCUGCGCAAAUUCCGGGAGCUGCACCUGAAGCGGAAUGAAGCUCGUAAAUUAAACCACCAGGAAGUUGUGGAAGAAGAUAAAAGACUUAAAUUACCUGCAAAUUGGGAGGCCAAAAAAGCUCGUUUGGAAUGGGAACUACAGGAAGAAGAAAAGAAAAAGGAAUGUGCAGCAAGAGGAGAAGACUACGAGAAAGUGAAAUUGCUAGAAAUCAGUGCAGAGGAUGCAGAGAGAUGGGAGAAGAAAAAGAAGAGGAAAAACCCUGAUCUGGGAUUUUCAGAUUAUGCUGCUGCCCAGUUACGCCAGUAUCAUCGGUUGACCAGACAGAUCAAACCUGACAUGGAAGCAUAUGAGAGACUGAGAGAAAAACAUGGAGAAGAGUUUUUCCCAACAUCUAACAGUCUUCUUCAUGGAACACACGUGCCUUCCUCAGAAGAAAUCGACAGGAUGGUCAUAGAUCUGGAGAAACAAAUUGAAAAACGAGACAAAUACAGCCGGAGACGUCCUUAUAAUGAUGAUGCAGAUAUUGACUACAUUAAUGAGAGGAAUGCGAAAUUCAACAAGAAGGCAGAAAGAUUCUAUGGGAAAUAUACAGCCGAAAUUAAACAAAACUUGGAAAGAGGAACAGCUGUUUAAUCCCUUUUGCUACUAUUUUCAGAAGCUUGAGAAUGGGGUAAAAGUUUCUACUAGCAGAUUCAAAGUUAAUCCUGGCUCCCAGUACACAUUUAGAAAUAAAUGUUUUUUUCAUAAUCAUA